UCCUUGACCCACUAAGUGAGGCCAGGGAUCGAACCUGCAUCCUCAUGGAUACUUGGGUUCGUUACCACUGAGUCACUGCCAGGAGCUCCUAGAAUAGUCUUAACCUCACACCUGAAAGGUGAUACAGCCUCGAUGAUGAGAGAAACAGUAAACAUUUCUCUGAAAAGCAGCUACUGCUUCUUUAAGAGACUCUAUGUAGAAUAACAAUAACAUUUUUUUAGAAAAGAGACUCUUAGGUAGAAUAACAGUAACAUUUUAAAGUGGCAUUUUAACCUUUAGAAAUAACAUUUUCAAAUCACCAGCUAGUGGUCAUACUGUGUUUUCCCCCAAAGCUUUAUUCUUCAUUGUUUUGGGGCAGUUUUCAUAAAGACUCUGCCAGUCCGCUUUAUGUUGGGGUCCUAUAAUUACCAAGUUGUAUUUGGCUCCAGAUUGGGAGAAAGUGUGGUAGGGAGCGUAGGGGAGGAAAAAUUUCUCCUCUGUCUUCUUUGGGUCUCCGGUUGGGUCCAAGAAUUAAACUGAUGUAAGACAGAUUAACAAGAAAAGCAUAAGCGUUUUGCUGAACUUUGCAUGUACUUGGGUGUCCUCACAAAAGAAUGAAGACCCAAAGAAACAGAGUUGAACAUUUUUAUACUGAAUUGUACAAAGAAGUAAAUUACGGAAACGUGACAAGACAAAGGAGCUUGGGCUAAGGCAGUUAAUGAUGGGAAAGGAGCUAGGAAGAUACUGGAUAGUUUAACAAAGCUUAUUUGUAUUAGUUUUUCUUGGCCUUGACUCUGGUGAUAAGAAUGUUGCUUUCCUUCUGUUGCAGGGAAGGCAUCUUCCCAAAGGGACAUAAUUUUAUCUCUUGCUUUCACGAAGAAGAAGGGGGGAGGUCAGAGUGCCCUUCUUAUACCACCUGCCUGUGUCAAGUGCCUUUAGCUCAAAAUAAUCCUUAUGUCAAAGUGGCAUUUUGGGGGAUGGCAUAUUCUGCCACCUUUUGGGGACAUUGUCUACCAUUCAAUAUUCACCUGGCCCCCUGAGACCUAAGAACAGCUCAUGCACUACCCUGUGUUCCACCUUUUAUCUGCUUAGAUAAAUGGAGAAACAUGGGCUCUUUUUUGUUCUCUUUUGCUUUUUAAGCUACUGCUGCCUCAUCUGUAAAUGAGGAUAAUAAUAGUUCAUGUCUGGUAGCAUUGUGAGCAUUAAAUGAGACGAGGCAGAUUAAGUGAUGUACUGAGACGUGCUCAGUAAAUAUUAUCGUGGGGGCGGAACACUAAUUUCCCCUCCACCUUUCUGGGUUCUUGGCUGAGUGAGACACCCCUGUUAUAAAAAGACAGAUUAAUGGGAGAAAAGCAAGCAGAAGUUUAAUAUCAAGUACGCCUCCUGUAGCAUGGGAGAUACCCAGGAAAAACUGAGUAACUCCAAAAUGGCCCACGUCGGUACCUUUGUUGGGGACAUGGCUCGGAUCGUCAGUGUCGGAAAAUGAGACACAUGAACACGGGGAGAUCUCGACAAGGCGCUUUACUUCUGCAGAAGGGCGCGGGUGCUCAAAAAAGCGCACACAGGAAGAGACCCUCCGUAUUUAUCCCUAACGCAGGUGAUGUACCUCUCCCCUUCCCAUUGGUCAGGUCAGGGCACACUUUCUUCUUGGUUGGCUAAUUUGAAACAAGUUGUUACUGGGAGAAAAGGGAAAGAGGAGGGGGGUGGCAGGAAGGCGGUUCGGCAGGAAGGUGGUUCAGCCAGAAACCAGAGCAAAGUGGAGUAACCAAGAUGUCCUUUGAUAAGAAAGGCAUUAUGUUACUUUCCACACCUUAAAUACCAUCUCCUGCUGAAAUGUACCUGUCGGGCUGGGGUUGGGGGAGUCAGUUAUGGGAGGUUACCAGGAAAAGCACAGUAAACAAGGUGUGCUGUUUUAAGUGGUUGCCUUCUGCAGUGAUGAGUUCCUGGAUAUUCAGCGUCCUUCUCUUCCUGGUACUGGAGGUACACCCUUGCAAAUGGAGAUCUCCCUUUUAAAUAUACAUGUCUCUUACAAAAGGGUAGCUUCUCAGUUUUCAGAGCUUCACCUGUGUCUUCUGUUUCUGAAAAAUAACCUGCUCAAAAUAAUCAGAAUGUCAAAGAAACACAUUUUGGGAUGGUAUCUUUUGUUCCCCCUCAGUAUGGAAAACAAAAUGGGUUGCCGCUCUAGCGGCUCUUCUCUUUGUAGCUUGAAACUUUGUUUGGAAGUAACCCAAAUCCAGAUAAUCUGCAUUUAAAUACCAUCAAGGAAAAAAAAAAAAAAGAGUCUUGGCUUGCAUUUAAGACAAUUUGAAUUUUCCUGCAACCCAAGUUGGCAGGUUUAACCUGCUCCAGCUGAGAGGCCGUGCUGUCGUUACCUUCUGGCAGCCCCAUAUGCAGAUGAUGUUAUAUUAAUCACAAAAGAAAACCUGAUUAACUGGAAGUCCUUUAACUGUCAGUGAGGCAGCUGCUCUAGCUCUGAAACAGGUUUUCUUCCUCCCUCCUAUGGUCUCCAGUUUUUAAUCUCUUCUUUAGAAAACUGCUAACACUGCCUGGUAGCUCCUCGAGAGCCCCUGGCUAGUUCAGUCAACUUUUUGAUCUCUGAUUAUGGGAGUCCAGGGAGAGCUUGCCUAAUUGAAUUCACGAAUAAUUUAAAAUAAGAACAACCAGACCAACCACCCAUCCACAUCAGCUGUGUUUUCUUUCAACAGUUAAAACCUGAUGGAGUCCUGGAACUUUAGAAUUGGAAAGAGAUGUUAAAGAUGAUCUAAUCCAACUCCCUUAGUUCACAGAUGAGAAAUCCAAGGCUGAGAGUGAAUUGCCAGAGUCAUUGGGCCAGUCACUGGAGCAGCCCGGGAUCAGACUUCUGCCUCUGCCGCUGGCGCUCAGCUCACUUCCUUGCUCCUCCCUCACCGAGCCAUUUGCCAAGAGAAGCCAGGAGUAAAACGAUGUGGUUUCGGCUUCAUUUCUCUCCAUGCUCUUGUUCCAAUCUCACAGACACGUUGAAGAGCAAUGAAAAAGCUAAAGAUGAGGGGGAGAAGCAAGGGCUUGGAUAAUGACUAUUGAAAAACAGAUGGUAAAAUCGAAGACCUUUUCUCAGUCCAGUGGGUGGCACUCGGAACCCCUCGCAGAGUUCGUGGGAAGGAAGACUAGAACCGGGCUCGGGGUCAGCCCCCCUCCCAUUGCACUGGCUUAUGGUUGACUCUAGUGGGUCUAUUUGUAGUCACUGUUUCUGUCACUGCAGAGAUGGGAGUGUGAUCAUUUGGGUCAGAUGCGUAAUGGGGUGUGUCCACUGUGGAUCUGGCCGAUGCAGCAUAGUUUACGGCUCUCCUAUAGUUAGUUGAGAGUGUCUCAGAGGUGUCUCCCUCGGGUCCUGAAAAAUGGUUAGUUGGUUUUCAUUCUCUGAUAUCUGUCCUCCUAGCAGCAGCAGUAACAAAGCUCACUUAGGCUGUUUUGUUUUGUUUUGUAUUGUUUUAAUGUACCAACUUUUGUUAUAGGAGUUAUGAAGGUUGUCAGUAUGAACUUACACUUAGACACCCAUCUGAGAUCUGAGGAGGCCUGAGAAAGGAGGAAAGAUAGGAAGCGUAGAUAAGAGUGAAUCUAGCUGGACUUCUGACUGCUCAGGCUGAGUCUGUGGCUGGCCCGCUGAGCUGCAUUUCCUUCCCACCUAAGGAAGAGAAGUACCUCCAGCAGAUGGUGGACUGCCUCCCCUGCAUCUUGAUCCUCGGCCAGGAUUGUAAUGUCAAGUGCCAGCUGUUGAACCUGCUCUUGGGGGUGCAGGUGCUUCCCACCACCAAGCUGGGCAGUGAGGAGAACUGUAAGCUCCGGCGUCUCCGCUUCACCUAUGGGACUCAGACGCGGGUCAGCCUGGCGCUCCCCGGCCAGUAUGAACUAGUGCACACACUGGUUGCUCACCAGGGCGACUGGGAGACCAUCCCUGAGGAGGACCUGGAGGUCCAAGAGGACAGUGAGGAUGCUGCUCAUGUUUUAGCCGAACUGGAGGUGACGAUGCACCAUGCUCUCUUACAGGAAGUGGACAUUGUGGUGGCACCGUGCCAAGGCCUCCGGCCCACAGUGGAUGUUCUGGGUGACUUGGCGAAUGAUUUCUUGCCUGUGAUAACCUAUGCACUCCACAAAGAGGAACUCUCUGAGAGGGAUGAGCAAGAGCUGCAGGAAAUCCGAAAGUAUUUCUCCUUUCCCAUGUUCUUUUUCAAAGUGCCGAAGCUGGGCUCAGAGAUAAUCGACUCCUCCCCCAGGAGAAUGGAGAAUGAAAGAUCCCCUCUUCAUCGCCAGCUAACUGACCUGGGCUAUCUGAGCAGCAGUCACUGUAACUGUGGGGCCCCCGGCCAGGACACCAAAGCUCAGAGCAUGUUGGUGGAGCAAAGUGAGAAGCUGAGACACUUGAACACGUUUUCGCACCAGGUGCUCCAGACUCGCCUGGUGGACGCAGCCAAGGCCCUGAACCUGGUGCACUGCCGCUGCCUCGACAUCUUUAUCAACCAGGCCUUUGACAUGCAGCGGGACCUGCAGAUUACUCCCAAACGCCUGGAAUAUACACGGAAAAAGGAGAAUGAGUUGUAUGAAUCACUGAUGAAUAUUGCCAACCGAAAGCAGGAGGAGAUGAAGGACAUGAUUGUUGAGACGCUAAACACCAUGAAGGAGGAACUUCUGGAUGAUGCUGCCAACAUGGAGUUUAAAGAUGUCAUUGUCCCUGAGAAUGGAGAACCAGUGGGCACCAGAGAGAUCAAAUGCUGCAUCCGACAGAUCCAGGAGCUCAUCAUCUCCAGGCUUAAUCAGGCAGUGGCUAACAAGCUGAUCAGCUCUGUGGAUUACCUACGAGAGAGCUUUGUCGGAACCCUGGAACGGUGUCUGCAGAGCCUCGAGAAGUCUCAGGACGUCUCGGUUCACAUCACCAGUAAUUAUCUCAAACAGAUCUUAAAUGCUGCCUACCAUGUUGAAGUCACAUUUCACUCAGGGUCCUCAGUUACAAGGAUGCUAUGGGAGCAAAUCAAACAGAUCAUCCAGCGCAUCACAUGGGUGAGCCCACCUGCCAUCACACUGGAGUGGAAGAGGAAGGUGGCCCAGGAAGCCAUUGAGAGCCUCAGUGCCUCCAAGUUGGCCAAGAGCAUUUGCAGCCAAUUCCGGACUCGGCUCAACAGCUCUCAUGAGGCUUUUGCAGCCUCCUUGCGGCAGCUGGAAGCCGGCCACUCAGGCCGAUUGGAGAAAACUGAAGAUCUAUGGCUGAAGGUUCGGAAAGAUCAUGCUCCCCGCCUGGCCCGCCUUUCUCUGGAAAGCCGUUCUUUGCAGGAUGUCUUGCUGCAUCGUAAACCUAAACUAGGACAGGAACUGGGCCGGGGCCAGUAUGGUGUGGUGUACCUGUGUGACAACUGGGGGGGACACUUCCCUUGUGCCCUCAAGUCAGUUGUCCCUCCAGAUGAGAAGCACUGGAAUGACCUGGCUUUGGAGUUUCACUACAUGAGGUCUCUGCCGAAGCAUGAGCGACUGGUGGAUCUGCACGGUUCUGUCAUCGACUACAACUAUGGUGGCGGCUCCAGCAUCGCCGUGCUGCUCAUUAUGGAGCGGCUGCACAGAGACCUGUACACCGGGCUGAAGGCUGGGCUGACCCUGGAGACACGUUUGCAGAUAGCGCUAGAUGUGGUGGAAGGAAUCCGCUUCCUGCACAGCCAAGGACUUGUCCACCGUGAUAUCAAACUGAAAAAUGUACUGUUGGACAAGCAGGACCGGGCCAAGAUCACUGAUUUAGGAUUCUGCAAGCCAGAGGCCAUGAUGUCAGGCAGCAUUGUGGGGACACCAAUCCAUAUGGCCCCUGAACUUUUCACAGGGAAGUAUGACAAUUCUGUGGAUGUCUACGCUUUUGGCAUUCUUUUCUGGUAUAUCUGCUCAGGCUCUGUCAAGCUCCCCGAGGCAUUUGAGAGGUGUACCAGCAAAGACCAUCUCUGGAACAACGUGCGGAGAGGGGCCCGUCCAGAACGCCUUCCAGUAUUUGAUGAGGAGUGCUGGCAGUUGAUGGAAGCCUGCUGGGAUAGUGACCCCUCUCAGAGGCCUCUCUUGGGCAUUGUCCAGCCCAUGCUCCAGGGCAUCAUGGACCGGCUCUGCAAGUCACAUUCUGAGAGGCCAAACCGAGGACUCGAUGAUUCUACUUGAAAGCAAAGACUUUGCUCUUUCACUCCUGAUUUCUUUCCUUCCCCUCACCUUUUGGCAGAAGAAUUGGACAUUGACUCAUUCAAGAGAGCCCCUGAGGGGACUGAUGCUUGCUGGGCAACCUGAGACCCUCCCAGGCAGAGAUGACUCCUGGAUAGUGAAGAGUUGGAUGGCCCUUGGAGCAUAUUCAGCAAUUCACUGCGACCCCCAAGCUAUUCCUUUAGCCUAAAAAGCACUAUAAAUCUGUUCUGUAUGAACUGUCAAGGAAGGUCUUGCAUCGUCCCCCUUUCCAGCUGGUCUUUUCACUCCAGCUCUAAUCAGGGCUCUGUGCUCCCAUUGUGGAGCCCACAUUCCUAACAUUCUUUGGGCAGCUUAGUCCAUACUCCCAUUUACACAUGGGGGGGGGGUUAGGUUUUUUUCCCACCCAGAGUCCCUUUUCAGUUUAUUCCCCGGUGGCUUAGCCUGUUCUCAGACACAGUUCUCUAGCAGAUUCCCCACAUUUUUUGCCUGAACAGGGAGGGAGCAAGGGAAAGGCUAAUGCUUAGCUAAGGGGGCGAGUAGCUGGGUUACCGUUCAUUUUUUUAAAAAGUGUUCUGAGAAAAGAUGCAAAAAUAUUCCCGAAAGUCCCCAGGCCAGCCAGAGUCCACAUGUAGAUAUUUGGAAGUGUUAUUUAAACACUCAGCAGGCUGAGUACAGGAAUACAUAUGUAUAACAUGCAUAUACCUUGCUUUCGUUUUAUAACAUUGUCUGCUAAUUUGGGGUUUGUGUUCCUUGGCACCCAUUAUUUAAGUGAUGGGAUGCCAUAAAAUGUACUGUAUUGUAUAUUACUUGGGAAGACACUAGAUAUUCAAAGUCUGGCAGCACUUGGACUGGAGAGGGCUCAACAAGACCAAAGUCCUGAAAUUUUUACCUCCUAGCUUUGGUUGUGUGUGCUCUCAAGUCGUGAGGUGAGAUGGUGGCUGGGGGACGAGGAAGGAUGGGCUGAAAGAAUUACCCUUACCGUGUUCCGUCCUUCUUCCUAACUUCAUUAGAGCAGUUUACCCCAGCCUGAAAAUGAUCACCUGGCCAUUUUUAAUGCGCUUGAAGUCAGGUCACUUAAGUUACUUCAGAACCAAGUGAGGGACCUUCCUGCGGAGCAAUCAGAAGUGGUGGAGCCUGGGGCUCCAGAGCAGCUGCCCUUGUGCCUGGGGAGCCAGCGGCAAGGUCAUUCUGGGUGGGUGGAGGAAUGCUCUCGCUUGGGCGAGGUUUCCCCAGGCUAGCCCUGGUUCCCUUGAUCCUCUGCAGAGUGGCUCACUGACUGAGCAAGCCUUUCACUUCUCUGGGAAGGAGACCUGUGCUGGUUCUUCCCAGACCAAAGAGAGUCACCUGUGACUCCAUCAGUUUCAAGAGGACAGAGCCUAGGCAGCACCUUCUCCAAAUUUUAACACUAAAAUUCAAGGAAAGAGUGAAGGGAAAGCUACAUUACGACCAUGGAUAGAAACAGGGGACGGGUGAAAUUCUCAACAGUACCUGUUGUUGCUAUCCAAUGUGGUUUUUUUUUUGUUUUUUUUUUGUGUGUGUUUUUGCUUGAGCUGCCAAAGAGGUGUGGUCAAAGUGUUUUUUCCUGAUCAGAGAAGUGGUUUGGGGUGGCAGGGCUGCAAAGUGAUAAUUGCACUGAAUGACACUUUAUUUGGGGGCUAUUUAGCACUGAGAAGCCAUGGGGGAUUGGUGAUUACAAUAGCACUUUGGGGAACAGAGACUCCCUCUGACCUUGCUCUGGAGAGAAGGCAUGUGUGGUAUUCCAUCUGACUAAUCAGGGAAACUGCGAAGUCCCUAUGUGUCAGAGUGAGAAAAAUGGCCCUUGAAGAGUCCAUUGCUAAAAGAAUAAUUGCUUUCUUUGAGUUUUCAAAGCUUGAUGUUUGGAUUUGCUGGAUCAAAUAACCCACUCUUUCUUUAAAA